GGAAGCUGCUUCCUCGAUUCUGGAAUCGACCGGCAGCGUCGCCACCGCAGCGGCGUGGGAAGGGGUCUGUGAGCGACUAGGCAUGCCACGGUACAUUCUUCACUAGCCCAACAUCCUCAUUUCAAAACAGUCAGGCAAACCCGCCGCACCACCACCGACAACAAUGCCAGCGUUCGCCGCCAUUCGCAAGCUAGUGCAUGGAUCCUCCCAUCAUGCAUCAUCAAACCGACUCGAGUGCCCAUUUGCCAAUGUUGAUCUUGCUAUUUCAGCAGUUGACACCAGCCAGUUUGCGCACACGUGUCGAUUCCAUGCGCACGCAGUGGCUCCGGUCGCGUCCAUCACGUCACCCGUGGACCUCGUUGUUCGAAGCGGCACGUUCGUCACUUCCAGCACGAGCGCUGCGCUCGUCCAAGACAUUGGAGGUGGUGACAAAAUCCGAGAGUGUUGCACGCGAUUCUACGCCCAUGCGUUUCUGGACUCGCAGUUGAAGCCGUUCUUCUUCGAAGACGACGGUGCCACCGCCCACGGCCAGCGACUCGCCGACUGGAUCAUUGAAAAAAUGGGUGGACAGGGCACGCCGUGGUCCGACAGUGGCCGCCGCGGCAUGCGUCAGCCAAGCCACUACAAGGCGUGGAACAACGCCAAACGACACGACAAUGUGCGGGGCAACCACUUCAACCUCGUCGACGCUCGAACGUGGAUGCGCGUCCACUUUUGGGCCGCGAGGGAAUGCGGACUGCACCUCCACGAGGCAUUCUGGGUCUGGUAUGUCCACUUCCUUGGGCACUUUAUUGCCGUGUACGAGCAGCGAGCCGUGCCGUACGCAAACAAAGACGCCAAGUGGUCCAAACUCCAAACCAACAUUGACGCGUACAUUCUAAACGAUCACACGAUGCCAGAUCUACUCGAGUGAAUACACUGGACUUGCGAAGUUGUGCGUACUUUGGAGUAUUAAUAUAUAUGACAUCAAGUUGA